UUUGUAACUUUUUGACUAAACAUUUACUGCUUAAAGUUUGAGAAGCUCAGAAAUCAUUAACCAAAAUUCAAAAGCAAGGUAGAGAAUUCUAUUAAAACUUUUCCUCCAGACAGUUUUCAGCCAUCAAUGUCAACCAAUAAUUCUGUCAUCUGCCAUCAACAUCUCUAUUUUCUUGUUACUCAAUAGUUUUUUAAACAAUGUCUGAUGGAUAUGGAUUCUCUGCUCUGGAGUGUAAGAUUAUUCAGGAACAGAUAAAACGGAGGCAGCGCAUGAGGGAAGAGUUCUUGCAGCAGAGGAGUGACCCGUACAAGCAUGCUGCAGAGGCUGGCUAUGUGUUUGACAACGGCAUCCAGCGCUUCAUGUCCCUUAAGACCUGUCAGAACGAGUACUUCGUGGCGUCUCCUCGAACGGCGCAGUUCGGUUUGCUGGCCAUCGUGGCGCCCAUGGUGGGUUUCGGAUACCUGUGCUGGAGCUUGCGGGACAGCCUCGAGAAAGACUACCGCUGCGGCAAGAUUCGGUAUAGGGAUAGGAUUCAUAAAUUUAAAUAGUUUAUGCGGCGUGUGUAUAGUUACUGAAUAAAUUCAGAAUGAUAUGAA